AAUUAUGAGUAUUUUAAAACGCUUUUCUGGGUAUUAAUUAAUUAUUGUGUUGGGGUUUGCUGGUAAAUUAUUUGCAUAUUUUUAUCUACAAACUAUCCACGGCAUUAGCUUCCAGAAUCCUUGCCAAUAGCCGGUCGCAAGCAAUAUACAAAGCUAAAGAAGCGUUCACAGAUUAUCAACAAAGUCGCUGUACUGAUACGUUUUGUAUAUACAUUCAUACACACAAUUGAGUCGCCAAGUACGUUGAGAACGCGCGGCAUCCACUUUAACGUUCUGCUGCUCUUUGCUAUAUUCUCAGUCUGCUCGAGCAAUACUGCUGCGCGGUUGGUUUUUUAUUAGACAUAAUCAUAACCUAUUACCUAAUUGAGAACAAAAUGUCUAAAUCUGUGUACGAAGGUGUUGAAAAGGGACCAGCCAUUGAGGUGUUUGCCCUAAAUCGCUCAUUUUUGGAGGAUACCGAUCCUAAAAAGACUAAUCUCGGAGUGGGAGCUUAUCGCACGAAUGAGGGCAAACCGUGGGUGCUGCCUGUGGUGCGUAAAACUGAAAUUAAAAUUGCCAGCGAUGAAACAUUGAAUCACGAGUAUUUACCAGUAUUGGGCAAUGAGGCAUUCACAAAAGCCGCCGUUGGUUUGUUGUUGGGUGAGAACUCAGCUGCUAUUGUUGACAAACGAGCUUUUGGCGUCCAAACGCUUUCUGGUACUGGCGCUCUGCGCGUAGGCGCGCAAUUUUUGAACGUCAUUCUGAAACGUAAUGUCGUCUAUUAUUCAAAUCCCACAUGGGAGAAUCAUCACAAAGUAUUCGCGGAUGCCGGUUUUGAUACGCUUCGCUCCUAUCGUUAUUGGAAUCAGGAGAAACGUGCAAUCGAUUUCGAAGGUUUAUUGGCCGAUUUGGAUGCUGCGCCUGAGGGUGCCAUUAUCAUAUUGCACGCAUGCGCACACAACCCCACCGGCUGUGAUCCAACACAAGAACAAUGGAAGCAAAUUGCCGAUUUAAUGGAACGUAAGAAACUCUUCCCAUUCCUCGAUACGGCGUAUCAAGGCUUUGCUAGCGGUGAUCCGGAGAAGGAUGCCUGGGCAGUGCGUUAUUUUGUGGAACGCGGUUUCGAGAUGCUGGUCGCGCAAUCAUUUGCUAAAAACUUCGGUCUUUACUGUGAGCGCGUUGGUAAUUUGACGGUGGUACAACGCAACUCUGCUACCGCAGAAGCGGUGGCAUCGCAAAUCACAUUGUUGGUGCGUGGUAUGUACUCGAAUCCACCAGCGUUCGGCAGCCGCAUUGUUGGAACCGUGUUGAAUAACCCAGAGCUGCGUAAGGAGUGGAUGGAAUGCAUUAAAACGAUGUCUUCUCGUAUUAUCAAAAUGCGUCAAGAACUUUUCAAUCGUCUCACAGAACUCAAGACACCUGGCACAUGGGAUCACAUUGUCUCACAAAUUGGCAUGUUCUCAUACACUGGCUUGUCUGAGAAACAAGUACGCAUGCUAAUCGACGAAUUUCAUAUCUACCUGCUAAAAUCAGGACGCAUCAACAUGUGUGGCCUCAAUGAGAAUAAUGUCGAUUACGUGGCCAAUGCCAUAAACACUGUUGUUACAAAAGCAUAAAUCAAAUAUGUAUUGAGAAUUGGCAACGCAUUUAUUUGGCAAUACAUUCAAAAAAGAGAGGCUUUUACAAGGCAAAAAAAAAAAACGGAGCAAACGAAAACAUGCUAGAAUUUGCUAAACUUCAAUAUUAAAUGGCUUUCAAACGAGUACACAUAAAUUAAUUAGGGAAUGUUUAUAAGAUGUACAAUGUACAUACAUACAUACGCGUAAUAUACAAGUAAUUCAUAGCCAGCAGUCCAAAAACACCCAACCAACUAAAUGACCUCUAAAAUCGAUGACAACUCCCCACUGAUAAAAACAAAAAUAAGCAAAAAAAUCAAAAAUAAACAAAUAAACGCAACCAACAGAAUUUAUUUUGUAUUAGUAAUGCAAUAAAUGUAGAACCGUAAUCAAAGUAAAACACAAAUAUUAAAUAGAAACCGCCAAAAAUGUUUGUAUCAAGAAAUAAAAACCAAAUGUCAAGUUUAAGCAAAUAUAAUCAAGGCUAUGUAUGUAUUUACACAAAAGUUUACAAACAUAAUUAUAUACUAUUAUUACAUUACGAUAAAUAGCAAAAAACGUAUACUCUAUUUGUAAUAUUGUAGUUAUAUUAAGCGUUUAGCGAUCAGGUUCCUCGUUAUAUUGUGUGCAUACAUUCAUUUGUGUUGAUAUUAUUGCAGUAAAAAUCAAUAAAAAUAAAUAAUAAAAAUA